AUGACCCCACCCUCAUCCGGCCACGCAUCUCCUGAUGUGCCAAUCGAGGACGAGCAGACGGAGGACUUGCUCAAGCAUUACCUGAACCUUGCUCCCAAUCUGACUGCGUUGUACGAGCAAUGGUCUUCGGUGGAUUCCAACUUCAAGAAGAGAGCUCCAAAGUUCGCUGGAGUGCGUAUCUUGAAGCAGGAUGCCUGGGAAGCACUUGUGGGCUUCAUAUGUAGCAGUAACAAUAAUAUUGUGAGAAUUUCGCAGAUGGUGAAUAACUUGUGUUUGACUUAUGGCCCGCUGAUUGCACAUAUCGAUGACCAGCCCAUCCACGACUUUCCUUCUCCAGCCGCUCUCGCUGUUCCUGGUGUUGAGGCCCGCUUGAGACAGCUUGGCUUCGGAUACCGAGCUGGAUAUAUUGCCCAAACAGCCAUGAUGGUUGCCAAGGAAAAACCACAAGGUUGGUUAGAGAGCUUGUGCAAUACUGAGACCUACGAUGGCAGUCCUGAUCAAAAACCAUUGUCAGAGGGCGGUCGUGAAGGCUAUAGGAAAGCCCACGAGGAGUUACUUCAGCUUCAAGGUGUUGGACCAAAAGUUGCCGAUUGUGUUUGUUUAAUGGGUCUCGGAUGGGGGGAGGCCGUCCCUGUGGAUACUCACGUGUGGCAAAUUGCGCAGCGAGACUACAAGUUCGGGAAGGGAAAGCACAAAAGUCUCACCAAAGCUACGUACGAUGCUAUUGGAGACCAUUUCAGGAAACUCUGGGGCAAAGAAGCAGGAUGGGCCCAUUCAGUCCUAUUUGCCGCGGACCUAAAGACGUUCUCUGAAAGAUUAGCCACCAAAAUCGAGGUUGAUAUCCAUGAGGUGAAGGUCAAAAGCGAGGAGGGAAGUAUGUUGGAGACAAGGGUUGUGGUCAAGCGAGAAUGUAUUAUGGAAGACGCAGACGAGGUUCUGGAUGAGAAGGAAGAUAUCAUGGUUGAGACUUCACGAUCCAAGAGGGCCAAACGCCGGAAGCUCUGA